UUGGGAUUUUUAUUUAAACUCAAACAUGAGGAGAGUACAUGUUACACGAUUAAUGUCUUUUUUUUAGCAGAAGCAGAAAUGAAAUAUUUUGAAGAGCUSCUGCAUGCCUUUGGUCCACCAUGUUUUGAACAUCCACUUGCCUUUUAAAACRCAACCAGAUUAAGUUUCUGCCAGGCUCAGCUCCCCCUCCGCUGCUUUUGUUGCACUGUAACCAAACCUCAGUCUUUACCGAGGYACUGUAGCUCUAAUAAUWCGGCUGUUUCCUGGUUCUAGGUCAKRCUAAAUCCCGUCCCAUUUGAGUCCAUUUGUCCCCAAUCACUGGGUUAAACUGGUUUACACCAAUAUGUGGUUAAAUCAUGUUAUUAAAACAACCCAACAGUUUUUGUAAGUGUGUGCUGUCCUGCGUUUUAUCAGAUGUGUUACUCUUUUAUUGGUCUCUGAUCUAAUAAAAUAUGACUGAGCUGCAGGCAACACGUCUAAACACAAAUUUUUCGGGGCCUUGUCAGCUCGUGCUGUCUGUGCAACGCAACACUGCCAUCUAUGGAUAAGAGCUGCGUGUUUACAUCCGCGCAUCACGUUGGCGCCUGUGUGCGUCCUGACGCCGCCGCCUGUCAUCUGGAGGAAACUCCUCCCCGCAGACAGGGACGCGUCCUGUCGCCUUUCCAGCGCAAUGGUCUCCUGGAUCAUCUCUAGGCUUGUGGUACUUGUUUUUGGUACACUAUAUCCUGCAUACUCAUCCUAUAAAGCUGUGAAGACAAAAGAUGUGAAAGAAUAUGUGAAAUGGAUGAUGUAUUGGAUAAUAUUCGCCCUAUUCACGACGGUGGAGGUGUUUACAGAUAUGUUUCUUUGUUGGCUUCCUUUYUACUAUGAACUAAAGAUAGCCUUUGUGGUGUGGCUCCUGUCCCCGUACACGAAGGGAUCCAGUGUGCUCUACAGGAAAUUUGUCCAUCCCACGCUUUCCUCAAAAGAAAAGGACAUCGAUGAGUACAUCUGCCAAGCGAAAGACAAAAGCUACGACACGCUGGUGCAUUUUGGUAGGAAAGGACUGAAUGUUGCAGCCACAGCUGCGGUCAUGGCUGCAACAAAGGGCCAAGGCGUUCUGUCAGACAGACUAAGGAGUUUCAGCAUGCAGGACCUGUCGUCCUACCAGUCUGACCCAGUUGACUCUGGACCUGGCAUGGCCCAGCCUGCAGCCGCUCAGCACCGGACCAGACCCAUAAUCCGCAGCAAGUCAGAGAGCUACAAGGACUUAGACAUGACCGAGUAUGAGGUGUUGGGCUUGGAGCCGUUGGAGUCCGCCGGGUUCUUGUCCCAAACCACAACCUCAGCCUCAACCAGCGGGUCCUCACCCAGCACACCCUCUGUGACGCCCCAGUGCGCCUCGCCCUCCGCUCCUCCUGCAGCUCCGGAGCAGCCUGAGGGGGAGUUAGUGAAGGAGGUGCAGGCAGCGUCCAGCUCUCCUCAGCUCAGGCUGAGUAAGAGGAAAGCUCCAGAGCCUCCUCAUAGAGUCUUACGGCCUCUCACACGAUCAAGGAGUGCUUUUUCUUCAACCAAUGAAGCCAUGUGAAACUCUCCUCCAGCUGCCUUCGCUGCAAGAAGUAAAAAUACUGGAUGGCCAAAAGCUACACGACUGAAGCAGCCCUGCUUUGGAAUACGGUGUUACCAAAGUGACCUAAGAAACCCCUCGACAUUUAGUGUAUUACAGAUGAUUUAAAAACAUAAAAAACAAAAACAGGCAUGAGAUUGGAUGAGUGAAUGAAUGGGCUACAUGCKGAUAAGACAGUUUUUGAAAAUGUAUUUAUGUACAGUUAAGUGUCCUGUAUCUUCAUGCUUUUAUUGUUUUUUUUAUUAAUCAUUAGUGGGCCGGCAAUCGCACGCACGUCUUCCCCGUUUUGGAACUAGAAUGUACUUUUGUUGAAUAUCAUCACUGGGACUGAGGAAAAAUGCUCUUUUUAGAAAAUGAGUCAUUUUUGUCUCGGUUGAAUCUGAAAUUUUCAUUUCAAUCACCCCGAGCCCUUUGAUCCUAAAAUAAAAACUUUUAAAUUACCAGACAGCAAUCACACCACURUUCUGUUUAACACCUCCUUUUCAGCCUUAAAGGAAGAAAACUGAGACAAAUAGUUUAUGUUGAAGUGAUUCCAACACAAUGCUGUUAACAACUAUUUGCACUAUGUUGAGAAAUGACGUGACUCCCUUCAGUCAUAAGGCCAAAACGUAAACAGCUUGUUGUUCAACUUCGAUAUUUUUUUAGUCUAUUAAGGCUUCUUCUGAGGUACAAGAAAAAACAAGUAAAGCCACCUCAAAAUAAGUUGAUUUCUGAUCAUGUAUUUCCCAAAUAAACAGGAAAUCUGAAGUAGGGAUCAUAGAUUUUGAACUGUAGCAGAUUUGUUGUACAUAACAUGGUUGCCCCCCCAUGUUUUAAAUCACUGUGUGACGUUCUGCUGUUAACUGAGCGAUGCUAAAACUCUCUACUCGUAUUGUACCCCGACGUGCUUCUGCUGGUAGAGAUGGAGAGCGGCUGUCGUCGGUUAACGACUCGCGCUGAUGCGUUUGAUGUUUCCUCUGUACUUUCCGUCGUUGAGCCUGAACUUUCAUUCGACACCAACGAUCACUGUGGUGGUGGGUAGACCUUUUCUUUUGCCGUAAUUCGCAUCGGUUUCUUACAGCGAUUUACAAUUUAAAAACUAAAGCUUCUCAGGUACAACUGUUCUGUUUACACGUCUUUAGGUCUGAUGUUGUAGAUACACUUAUUAUGCACAUAAAAAUGUUUUCAAUGGGGAAAAAAAGAUAUUUCUAAAUAUGUGUUUGAGUUAGUGGUAUCAGUGUUAGUGUUUCAGGUGAUCAGUUCAAAUUAACGCAAAGUGAAGCAGGAAAAAAAAUACAUGUGAAAAUAUAAAUUUAUAUACUUGUGUGUAGAAAAAAUGGUUCUUUGAUGCAUGUUAUUACUUUGUAUGAGUGUCCAUGAUGUUGUUGAUUUUGUGUGAAGCUCUUGGCUUUGCUGGUAAAUGAUUAUUUUCCUACUUUGGUUGAGAACAACAUUAAAGGUUUUGGCUGUAACACUGAAACACCGUCCUCACCCCAAAGAAAACUAAUUCUGGCAGGCCAGAAUGUCAAAUUACUCAAGAUUCAGCUUAAUUUAGGGUCAAAACAAAAAGCAGUGAUGUGACAUCAUAGUUAAUGACUGAUGACUCCAUGAGCUUAAAUAUUUCUGUUACAUCUAUUUCAAUCUAAUAAAUAUAUAUAUAUAUAGACAA